AUGUCUUCCAAAAACAAAUCCAACUCUUCUUCGAAACAACAACAACAACCAUCAAAAUCCUCGUCAUCGUCAAGUCAACAAGUUAAAAAUCAACAAGUAAAAACAAAAUUGAAUCCAUCCACACAAGGAACCAUAUUAUCCUCACAGUCAAAUUCCACAAAUUCCGAAUUCGGAAAUUAUUCUUCAUUGACUUCAUGUCCCUCUACGAAACAAAGUGCUUGUUGCAUUCUCAUUCCAUCUCAACACAACUCGGACAAUGAUCAAAUUCACACACUCUUUGAUCACAUACAACACAUUCGACAAGAAUGGGAUAAAAGUUUUUCACGAUGGGAACCUCAUCUCAAUCUCUUGUAUCCAUUUAUUCAUAAAAAGAAUUUCUUUCAAGCUCGACAAUGUAUUGAGGACAUAGUUCAACAACAUGAACUACAUGCAUUUCAAGUUGAUUUUCCUGCUCAUCAUGUCUAUUGUCGAGAAUUUUCAAAAUUUGUCUUGACAAGUCCUUGUGACACUUCUCAAUUAGAAAAAUUUCAACAAAUCUAUCAAUUAUUGAAAGAAGUAUUUCCUCAAUGCUCAGCAACUGGUUCACUCCAAGAACAAUCAUCCUCUUCAAAAGAAAGCACAAAUGAAAUCUUUCAUCCACAUUUAACAUUGGGACAAUUAUCAAAUUCUAAUUUAGCAAAUGUGAAAUAUAAACAAUUAGUCCUUCGAAAAGGUAAUAAUAAGGAAGAAAUGAAUGAGGAAUGGAAUGAAUUUGAAAAAUUGAAACAAUCUUGGAUGGGAGGAUCAUUUAAAGCCACAGAAAUUGUACUUUUAUGGAGAGAAAAUGUGGAAGAUCCUUUUCAUGUGGCCGAAAGAAUUUCACUUUUAUAG